AAUUGCACAAGUUUCUCUCGUCGCUCUCACUUUUGUUCGUCUCUUCUGCGUCAAACAUUUCCACCAUUUUCGUUUCUUAAACCUUUCUUCAGCUCUUCUCUUCGUCAAUCUGCGAUAGUGGAAUUGAAGUCUCUUCGGUGAGUUUCUUUACUAAUGGAGACCGCUUCAAGCGUAGCUGCAACUCGUGGCGGUUCCCUUCAGAAUCCGUCGCCGACGGCUCCGUCAAGAAAAGAAUGGCGCGCCGUUUCGGAUUCACAAGACACCACAGAUUAUGGGGAUUUGGAACAGUUAAAGCUGAACCGGACGGAUGAGAGAACGAUUUAUGAGAAUGGAAGAGAGCAGGAUGGUUUUUCAAGUAGUGAGAUGUUGCAGCAACAGAUUCUUAAUGUUUCUAGAAAGAAAGGAGAACUUCAGCAGUUGGAGAUUGAGCUUCGAGCUCAGAUGAUUGCGAGACAUGAGAUCAUGGAGAUCCAGAGCAACUAUGAAUCUCAAUUCACAGAGUAUGCUAAUGCUUCUGCUAGAAUGCAGGAGCAACUUCAUGAGAAGGAGAGAUCUAUUCGGGAGGCAGAGAGGAAGUUAGAAGAGAAAGACAGAGAGCUACAUGCAAUUAAACUGGAUAAUGAAGCGGCCUGGGCCAAAGAGGGUAUCCUAAGAGAACAAAAUAAAGAACUUGCCUCAUUCAGAAGAGAGCGUGAUCACUCUGAAGCUGAGAGGUCCAAAAAUAUACAGAAAAUAUCUGAACUUCAGGAGCAUAUUCAAGAGAAAGAGAGCCAGCUCAGUGAAUUGCAGGAACAAAAUAGGAUUGCUCAAGAAACUAUCUUGUACAAGGAUGAGCAACUAAGAGAAGCGCAAGGUUGGAUUGCCCGUGCCCAAGAGAUGGAUGCUUUACAAUCAUCUACAAAUCAUUCGUUGCAGGCUGAAUUGCGAGAACGUACUGAGCAGUAUAACCAGCUCUGGCAUGGUUGUCAGAGACAGUUUGCAGAGAUGGAGAGAUUGCAUGUGCAUACAGUGCAACAGCUUCAACAUGAGCUUGCCAAUGUAAGGGAAGCAGGUGGUUCCAAAACAAAUUCCAGCGGUGCCUCCCAGACUAUUCAGAACAACGGGAACCAAUUUGAUGCUCAUGGAAACAGCGCAGAAAGUGCAAACAUUAGUGCAGAUAACAUCUCAUCUUUUACUUCAACUGAUGAUAAGGCUACCCAGAACAACCGUGUUGAUAGGAUGUCAUCUUCUAAUCUUGGGACGCAUGGGUACCUCCAAGCGGGUCAGAUGACCCCUCUGCAUUCGUUUGUCAUGCAUCAACAAGAGAUUUCUCAGCUUGUUCAGCCUCAAGUCCCUUCACCUCAUUUUGCACAAUCAGUGUUGCUGCAGCAAAAGGCUGUACCUGAUGGUUCACAGAUGCCUAUGCAGAAUCAUGUGCAUCCAUCUCAAGGUGCUCAUGGUUUGGUACAGUCCUUUGGUCAAGGGUAUGGAGACAUUCAAACUAGCCAAGUAGCACAAUAUGGAGCUACGACACCAUCGUCCUCUGUGAAUGAACAGGCAGUGGAAUCUGGCAAUGGAGAUUAUAAUGGAUCUAAUCAGUCAGAGAAUAACUUUCAAGACAUUUCUUCACAAUUCCGUGAUGUGCUAAGGCUUGAUUCCCAUACCCAUAAUCAGAAACCUGAGGAAGCUAAUGGUCAGGUUUCACCUGAUGAACACAAUGGUGCUAAAUCCAUUGUCCCUGAAACUCUAGUCUCAUCUGGGAAACCUGAGAGGAACUCAGAGAGUGCUCUGCUCGAUGAAAGGUCGCUUUUGACAUGCAUCCUCCGUACUAUACCAGCUGGUGGAAGAAUCAGAAUCAGUUCAACGCUUCCAAACCGUUUGGGCAAAAUGCUAGCCCCUCUGCACUGGCAUGAUUACAGGAAAAAGUACGGGAAGCUGGACGAUUUUGUUGCUAGCCAUCUUGAGUUAUUUGCGAUAGAGGAUGACUACAUUCAAGUUAGAGACGGUGCACAGAAAAUGGUAGCAGCUUCAGCAGCAGCAGCCAAAGUGGCAGCAGCAGCUGCAGCGUCGUCAUCCCCAAACUCCAUCUAUGUGGCUAUGACUCCUAUGGCUCAGUCUCAAGGGUUAAAGAAGAAUGACAACAGAGGUAGGCAGAGCUCUGAUUUUAUGGUGAAGCAACAAAGAAAGCUCUGAUUUUACAAGUCAAGCUUGUCAAAGUAAAAGGCGUAUUAGAGUGAGGCGAAACAAUCUCCUAUCUUGUUUUCAUUUUUUGGUGUAUUAAUCGCAGAUCCGCAAAGCUAAGAAGAUAUACAUUCCUAUUUACUUUUGCCCUUAAUAGUAUCCAUGAUUAAAGUCGACAAUGUUUA